UAUGUCGGGACGUGGUAAGCAGGGAGGUAAGGCACGCGCCAAAGCUAAGACUCGGUCUUCCCGCGCCGGACUCCAGUUCCCAGUGGGCCGUGUCCACCGCCUCCUCCGCAAAGGGAACUAUGCCGAGCGGGUCGGGGCCGGCGCUCCGGUGUACCUGGCAGCGGUGCUGGAGUACCUGACGGCUGAGAUCCUGGAGCUGGCGGGCAACGCAGCCCGCGACAACAAGAAGACACGCAUCAUUCCGCGCCACCUGCAGCUAGCUAUUCGCAACGACGAGGAACUCAACAAGCUGUUGGGUAAAGUCACCAUCGCCCAGGGUGGCGUCUUGCCUAACAUUCAGGCCGUGUUGUUGCCCAAGAAGACCGAGAGCCACCACAAGGCCAAGGGCAAGUAA